CAUCCUAAGAAGUAUUCCAUGCUACGUGCGAACCCUAAGGAUCUUCAAGGGAAGCCGAACUGCGUUACAAAAUCAGUCGAGGCAAACUAUUGGGAAAAGGGUUAAAGUCCAAAGGUUAUGGCAAAAGCUAUUUAACAAAAAAGUGUCACGCUACGUUGUGUCCGAGUCCAAAAAUGUCCACGCUGGGCUUGAAGCCUGGUCAGCCGCGUGCCAUUGCCUAUGCAGCCGAUGGUGUUCGCAGCGACCUACGCCUGCUCGAAGUGGAUGAAAAGCUGCUACAGGAGAUUAUGGAGAAGGGGGUCGUCAUCAAGGGCGGCGAGGAAGAAGAAGCCGUACUCGUCACCUCAUGCCGUACGUACAGCAUGAAACUCGUGGAGACGACCAACUUACAGUUGUUGGUGGGCCCGGAAGAGGAGGAGGAAGAGGAGUUCUUCCCCCCUCCUCAGUUUCGCUCCGCUGCUCGCCUCGGGGGUCCUGUGGCAGUGAACGCCACCAGCACUUCACAUAUAGAGCUGGUGGAAGUGGCCCCCCGAUUAGAUCCCAUAAGGGACUUGAUUUGGGCUCAUCCGUACGGCGUUGAGGACGAGCAACCUGCGGAAGGGGCUGGCGCGGAGACGGAUACGGAGAUGGCAGCGGCGGGUAUUGCGGACCUGGACACGUACAUCGAGGGGGGGAGGCGAUCGACAGGAGCCGCGGGGGCAGCAGCAGGCCGUGGAGGAGGAGGAGGGGGAGGAGGAGGAGGAGUGAAAGGUGGUUACACGUUUGGGGAGCUGUUGGAGAGGAUUCAGGCCAGUCCAGAGGAGUUACGAAAUGCGCUGGCGGCUGAGGGAGCGUUACAGUUGGCUGGUCGUUGGCGUGCAGUUGAUCCCAACUACCUGGGUUCGCUGCUUGAGCUGGUGCUGCUUACUGCCCAGCAGGAGGGUAUGCCGGUGGGGUGCCUGCGGGAGGACGUGUUGGUGGAGUCUUUGAGACAAGAUGGAUACCACCCUGACGUAGUACGGCAUUGUCUAAGCGUGUACGGCAAGUCAGCGGUGGGAGCUGAGUCCGAUGGGGGCCCUGGUGGUGCCCGAGGUAAUCCCCGCGUGUGGUGCCUGGAUGAAACCAAGGUGUGUGUCCAUUUCGCAAGCCGGGUGAUGGGCGGUCGUACCAUGCUGCUCAACGACUUCAUUGAAGCAUGGAAACGUGCCGUACCGUACGGGUUGACGCCGUCCCUAGAUAUGCUGCGAUCAGAGGCACUUAUCGACGUGUACGGCAAUCCCGCUAACCCCCCGGUGGAGUGGGGACACGCACAGACACGCACAGACACACAGACACACACAUAUGAGGAGGGUUCUGGAGCCGAUGCCCGCAUCAGCCCCUUCCCCGCAUCCUCACUGCCGCGGGAGCCGGGGGAGAGGUUCGCAGCGCUGUUCCGAGUAAGGCCCCGCUGGGAGUGGACGCAUAUGGAGCCGUACUUGGAGGGGAUGCAGGAGUGGUGUGUAAAAACAAUAGCGGCGGUAGUAGAAGUGUUGGUCCCAGGUCAGUCGGUGGAGGCCCUGCUGAUGAGGUUCGCACGUGCUAGCCAACCCACACCGGACGCUCCCCUCAUGUACUCGGCUAGAUAAGCUUUAGACGGAAAAUACUGACACGUGGACACAUUCGAUGGUAACAAAUGUUUAGCCUAAGACGAUCGGGAUCGAACCGAUUACCUAUUAGUACCACGCUCUAACCAGCUGAGCUAAGGGGCCCCAUUUUCCUGCAGCUGUACGACAGUCAUCACUGCAGCAACAACAGCAGCAACAGCAGCAGCAACAACAGUCACAGCAACAGCAGCAGACGCGUUGCGUGCAACAGUUGUGCUCUAGGUCAUUGGUGCACAGUGCAUGCCGGGGUCCGGGGCUCACCUACCACGCCUACUGUACAUAUAUUUGGGAGCUGUAGCAUUUUCGUUAUUGGGCUACCUCUGCAAGCCCGCCGGCUUCCAGAUAAACUGGGUCAAGGGGUGGCUGGCUGCUGAGUGGGUAGCUGGCUGUCAAAGGGACUCACGCAGAGGGUCUAGCGAGCAAGUGACUGAGGAUGGAAACCCACCCGCUAUCUAGCUGGCCUCUGGCUUCUCUCUUUUAAAGUACCAAAUCU